AUGGGAAAUUCAUCUCAAACACCCCCGUUUAAUGGUUAUAUGCCAAGUGGUAGUGCACCCGAAUUUCCCGAAUUUUCAACACAAAUAACAAUUGCUAAUGAAGUCACUCCAAAUUUAGAGGAUACAACUCCUAAGAGUAAGAAACACCCGCAACCAACAUGGAACACUGAACAAAAUUUGGUGUUAAUUAGUGGGUGGAUUAAAUUUUCAACAAGCAGUGUUGUCGGUAGAAACCAGAAACGUGAAACGUAUUGGAAUAAUAUUGCUGACUAUUGUAAAUGGAUUGGCGCUUAUGAUGGCGCUAAGCGUUUGCAAGGAAGUGGUUGGUCGGAGAAUGACGUUUUGGCAAAAGCGCAUGAAAUAUACGCAUGUGGAAGUAGUGGAUCUAAGAGAUCUCACGAGAGUGAUGCAUGUGGCUCAAACUCUGUAGGAUUUAGUGCUCGUCCUAUAGGUAGGGAUGCAGCCAAAAAGAAGGGAAAAAAGAAAGCUUCCACACCCACAGAGGUGGUGGACAAAGAAUGGGAUAAUUACAUGAAAAUGAAGGAGAAAGAGAUGGAACAUUUGGCAAUGGUAGUUUCCAAUCAACAAGAGAAAAACAAACUUAAGAAAAUGAAAAUGUAUCUGAAGUUAAGUUCUGAUGAGAAUCUCGAUGACCGGAAGAAAGCCAUGUUGGACACAUUGGCCCAAGAACUGUUUCCAUAA